CAUCCUUGAGAAAAGUGGCAUAUCACUGAUCGACUGUUCAUGGGCUCGUCUACAAGAGAUACCGUUUCGUCAGCUAGCAUCCGGACAUCAACGACUCCUUCCUUUUAUGGUAGCAGCCAAUAGCGUCAAUUAUGGUAGGGCAUUUAAGCUGACCUGCGCCGAGGCCUGUGCCGCCACUCUUUAUAUUUGCGGAAAGCAAGAUGCCGCAAGGAAGGUUAUGGAAGAAUUUUCGUAUGGUCCAGAAUUCUUCAAGAUCAAUCGUGAAGUACUCGAUUUAUACGCUUCUUGUCAGGACGCAGAAGAAGUUGUAGCGAAACAGAACGAAUGGUUAGAAUUGGCUCAAAAUAGAUCCUCUGCUCUUGGGGAAAGCCAAAGUCGAAAACAUAGUCGUCAGAGUGACUACGAAGAUGAAGAUGGCAAUCAAGCAGCUUGGGUCAGAGAGCAUGGACUACCUGGCGAACUUCCACCAAGCGAUGAUGAGGAUGACUAUUAUGGUUACGGUACAGAAGAAGAAGCAGAAUUACUGGUAGACAAAUUUGGAAAUUUCAUAUCUGAUCCCGCACCUGAACCCGAUUAUGACGAUUAUGGUGAUUACGAUUCAGAAGAACAAGAGGCACCGAAACUCGACAAAUUUGGAAAUUUCGUUGUCGACGAUGAGAGAAUGACGACAGAAGAUCCAAAGUUUUAACAUCGCACAAAAAAAGGGGGUUGAUUUGCUGUUCAUUGGAAAUGUUUACUUGGAAUGAACGUACUUUUACUUCGUGCAAAUAAAGACAAUGCGUCGCCUAAAUAAUAUGCCAAMAGGGCUGUUGGUGGUCGAUGACAACUCUAUUCGUGACGGAGUCAAAUUUCAUCUUUUGAGAGUAGACCACGGAUUGGAAAGAUGAAAUAAGAAUCUUUAAACCGCUUGAAAGAGCACAUUCUAAUUUUGAAUAGAUCGAAUGAGAGCAAUUUUUAUUUCCUUUAGAGGUCCGUACAACUCUUGCCGUAAACCCUAGCAAUACUUGUGACCUCGAACUGCUUUGAAAAGAGGAACUAGUUACACAUCAUAUUCAAGAUUCAGUACUGAUGCUGUAAUGACUAAAAACAUUAUUAAUUU